AUGAGUGUGGUAGAUAUACCUGCUAUUGAUGGAAACAAGAUUGUUGAAGACAUUUCGAAGAUAAUCGAUAGUGCAUGUGAAAAGGUGAUCGAGACAGUAACCUCAAAGGUCGGUUCAAUGUUGGCAGGAUUGAAAGGUGACAUGGACGUGAAGUUAGCUGCAGCGCUGCGGAUGCAAACUAUAAACCAGCACGUAGAAGACGACUUUACAUUUUCUCCUGUAUCCUCCAUCCUGGGAAUUCAAGCACUUAGUAAGAGCAUACACGAUGAGGAUUAUGCUUAUCGCUUCGCUCAUCAUAUGAAGAAGAUCGUGGGCUACACUCCUGAUAAUUGCAAUGGACUGAAUGUGUGCUAUUCAUUGAUCGAUAAUUUUUUUGAUCGUGACCUUAUGCUUCAUUGCUCGUGGAGUGGAGGAAGUCGAGGUCCAGCACCCAAAUUUGCCAUGAAAUCCUGUUCCAAUAUUCUGAACACAUUCUUCGAGAUAGUGUAUAGUGUUAAUAUUACAUUUUCUAGAAGCUUGAUGGAGCAUUUCUUCAAGCAAAUUACUCGCAAUUCAAAAAGUCGUUGCAAGGCAAAAGGUUUGCGACAACCAACAGUCCAUCGUAGAGGAAAGAAAGUGGCUUGUAAAGUUCAAGCUGAUGAAAACAAUGGUCACCAGAACAGAGAAGAACGAUCGGAGUCCUUCAGCAGCUCCGAAACGGAACGUGAGGGAAGUGAAGAUAUAGGUGAAGGCUACUUAGGGGAACAGCAGGAAAGUGAGAAAUUUCUUGGCUUUCCUUAG